AUGUCCUUUGACACGGGAGUGUCCCAUUUUCUCCAACAUGAUGAUUCGGGUGAAACUACUCCAAUUAGUGAAGCAAGCACCUUGCCAUGUGAGCAGCUUGCUUUGGUGACAUGGCACGGUGGGUGGGACCUUGAAAGCCACGGUGGAGCCAAGCUAGCACCUCUCCAAGUAGAUGCCACGGUGGAAGCAAGCACCAAUCCUAGUUUCACACAUUCAAAAAUGAAGGCAUGGAAAACCCUUGUGGUGAAAGCUUUGGUUGUGCGGAGAUUUAUCAUGUCUCAACAAGGAAAUGAUGGGGGUCGAGUUGCUCCAAAUGAUGCGGUUGAAAACCUUAGAGGCCUUGUGGAAACACUAAGAGAAAGGCUUCAUGUGAUGGAAGAAAGAGAGAGACGCCGUGAAGAGAGUGAAGGGAGUUUUUGCUCUCAUACUAGAAGAGGAGGCCGAGGUAGUGGCGCUUCUAGUACCUCUAGUGAACCAUUGCAUCCGGAUGAUGUAAGAGCUCAUUUAAGGAGGCAACAUCAACAACAAAGGAGAAAUGAUAUAGUUGGUGAUGUUGGUGAUGCAAAUCGGCAAGUACAAAGAGUAAGAGAUGAAGAUGAAGUUCAAAACACCUAUGUUCAUGCUUAUACUCCCAAAGUUGAGAUUCCAGAAUUUGAUGGGAAAGGGCAACCAGAUGAUUUUCUUGAUUGGUUACAUACGGUGGAAAGGAUCUUUGAAUAUCAAGAUGUGCCCGAAAAUAAGCAAAUGGUCCGAGAAUCGAAGAAGAAAUUCUUGCCCGAGGACUACAAGCAAGAUGUGUUUAUCAAGCUUCAAAAUCUAAAACAAUGUGCUAUGAGUGUUUCGGACUAUACAGCUGAGUUUGAUUCUUUGAUGAUCAAGGCAAACAUUAGUGAGCUCGAGGAGCAAACAAUUGCAAGGUACUUGGCGAGUUUGAGAGUUGAUAUUACUAAUGUUGUUUCAUUGCAGCCUUAUUGGUCCUUGAAUGAUGUUACUAAGUUUGCCUUGCGGGUUGAGAGGCAAUUGAAGUCAAAAUCUGUCAUGAGGUUUGAAGGUAAAGAUUUUGGCAAGGGGACUACUUCUAAGUCUCCAUUUGCUCCUAAACCGAAAGUUGAUGAGAGGGACAGAGGCAAGAAAGGUGGUGAUGAUGCCAAGAAAGCCAAGUUGAGGCAAGAGAGGAAGUGCUUCAAAUGCCAUGGUUUUGGGCAUAUGGCCGCGGAUUGUCUUAAUAGGAGAGUUGUUACUCUUGUGGAGGAUAAUGAUGAUGAUCAUGAAGAGGGUGAUGAAGUACCCGAGGAGGAGGAGGAAGAGGAACUCACCUAUGCCGAUCAUGGAGAGUCCAUUGUGGUGCAACAAUGUUUCAAGGUGAGUCAAGUGGUAGAGGGUGAAGAUUGGAAGAGAAAGAAUGUGUUUCAUACUCGGUGUACAUGCCAAGGCAGAGUGUGUAUGGUGAUUAUUGAUAGUGGGAGUUUUGAGAACUUAGCCUCGGUGGAAAUGGUUGAGAAGCUUAGGUUGAAGACUACUCCACAUCCUUCACCGUACAAGCUUAGUUGGUUAAAAGAUGAGUCGGAUUUGAGGGUGACUUUGAGGUGUAUUGUAUCAUUUUCCAUUGGGAAAUACUAUUCGGAUGAGGUUGAGUGUGAUGUUGUUCCCAUGGAUGCUUGUCACUUGUUGUUGGGGAGUCCUUGGUUAUAUGAUAGGCUUAUUAUCUAUGAUGGUCAUGCUCAUACUUACACUUUGAGGAAGGAUGGCCAAAAGAUCACUUUGGCUCCUUUGAAGCCAAAUAUUGUUCCUACACCAAAGAGGGAAUCUUUGCUCAUGACUAGGAAGGAAUUGGUCCGAAAGCUUAAAGGUGAGCCUAUUGCAUUUGCUUUGGUUAUCUUUGAUAUGAAUGGUGAUGUGCAGGGUUCGGGUUUGCACCCAAAAUUGGUACCACUAUUUGAUGAAUAUGGAGAUGUGUUCCCGGAUGAAAUUCCAGCUGGUUUUCCACCCUUGAGGGAUAUUCAACACCAAAUUGAUCUCAUUCCAGUUCCUGCUCUAUUGGUGCUAAAGAAGGACGGUUCAUGGAGGAUGUGUGUUGAUAGCCGAGCCAUCAAUAAGAUCACCAUUGAUUAUAGAUUUCCCAUUCCUUGGCUUGAUGACUUGCUUGAUCAACUACAUGGUGCAAAGGUGUUUUCCAAGAUUGAUUUGAGGAGUGAAUAUCACCAGAUUCAGAUGAAGCCAGUAGAUGAGUGGAAAACAACUUUUAAGACAAGGGAUGGCUUGUAUGAGUGGCUUGUGAUGCCGUUCGGGUUGUCUAAUGCACCUAGCACAUUCAUGAGAUUUAUGAACCAUGUUCUCAAGCCUUGUGUAGGUGAGUGUGUAGUUGUGUAUUUUGAUGAUAUUUUGGUUUAUAGUUCUGAUGAGGAUGCUCAUGUUAUGCAUUUGAGAAAAGUAUUUGAAUUGUUGAGAGAUGAGAAGCUUUUUGCUAAUGUGAAGAAGUGUCAUUUAUUCACUCAUGAAGUUGCAUUUUUGGGGUAUGUUGUUUCGGGUGAUGGUGUCAAAAUGGAUAGUGGGAAAGUUGAAGCAAUUCUGAAUUGGCCUACUCCUAAGUCAAUUCAAGAGAUUCGGAGUUUCCAUGAGUGUGAUGCCUUGGAUGUGGGCAUAGGGGCUGUUUUGAGCCAAGGGAGGCAACCCAUUGCAUUCUUUAGUGAAAAAUUAAAUGAAUGCAAAAGAAAAUACUCUACUUAUGAUAAAGAGUUUUAUGCAUUGGUGCGGGCACUUGAUCAUUGGUCACAAUACUUGCUGCCACAACCCUUUGUGUUGUUUUCGGAUCAUGAAGCAUUGAAGUUCAUCAAUCAACAACACAAGCUUAAUAGGAGACAUGCAAAGUGGGUGGAAUUUUUGCAAUCUUUUAGUUUCUCCAUUAAGCACAAGGUCGGGGCUCAAAAUGUGGUGGUCGAUGCACUUAGUAGGAAGUUCACACUUUUUACUACACUACAAGUGCAAGUUGUGGGGUUUGAAGCUAUUAGGGAGUUGUAUGAGCAUGAUGAGGACUUUGGAGAUACAUGGAGAUCUUGCCAUCAUGACCCUAGUAAGCUUUAUUCUUUUGUUGAUGGUUAUUUGUUUUAUGCUAAUAGAUUGUGUGUACCUCGUUGUUCUUUGAGGUUGGCUAUUAUAGAGGAAGCUCAUGGUGGAACGUUGAGUGGGCACUUUGGAAGGGCUAAAACUUUGUACAUGGUGCAACAAAAUUACUUUUGGCCGAGACUUAAGAGGGAUGUUGCUAGGCAUGUCCUAUCAUGCCAUGUGUGUCAUUUGGCCAAGACAAGGAGCCAAAAUAGUGGGCUAUACACUCCAUUACCGGUUCCUAAUGCACCAUGGGAGGAUGUUAGUAUGGAUUUUGUGCUCGGGUUGCCUAGGACACAAAGGAACCAAGACUCUAUCAUGGUUAUUGUGGAUAGAUUCUCAAAGAUGGCUCAUUUUGUUCCUUGCAACAAGACAAAUGAUGCAAGUCACAUUGCCGAAUUGUACUUCAAGGAGGUAAUGAGAUUGCAUGGUGUUCCUAGAAGCAUAGUCUCGGAUAGGGAUACAAAGUUCCUUAGCCAUUUUUGGAGGACCAUUUGGAGGAAGCUAGGGAGUACUUUGAAAUUCAGUUCGGCCUAUCACCCACAAACCGAUGGGCAAACUGAAGUUACUAAUAGGAGCUUAGGGAGCUUGUUGAGGAGUUAUGUGGGGAAGAACAUCAAGCAAUGGGAUUUGAUUCUACCACAAAUUGAGUUUGCUUACAACCGGUCUUUUCACACUUCCAUUGGGAGAACUCCAUUUAAGGUAGUUUAUGGCAUUAAUCCUCUUACUCCUUUGGAUUUAACUCCUUGUUCUAGUGGGCAGUAUAGUAGUGACGCAGAUGCUAGAGCCAAGGAGAUUAAGAAGCUCCAUAGUGAUGUCCGAGAGAAGAUCACUCAACAAAACAUCAAGUACAUACAACAAACCAACAAGCACCGUAAGUUUGUUAAACAUGAUGUAGGUGAUUUGGUGUGGAUUCACUUGAGAAAGGGAAGGUUCAACCAAGGUCUAUUUGCAAAACUUAAACCAAGAGCAGAUGGCCUUUUUAAGAACAUUGAGAAGCUCAGAGAUAAUGCUUUCAAGCUUGAUUUGCCCGAGGAUUAUGGUCUUGCUUUGGUGACAUGGCACGGUGGGUGGGACCUUGAAAGCCACGUUGGAGCCAAGCUAGCACCUCUCCAAGUAGAUGCCACGGUGGAAGCAAGCACCAAUCCUAGUUUGACACAUGGAAAAACUGUCGAGCUAUUUCAAAGGGGUGUUGCCUCACAAGAGGCUAAAGAUACUCUGACGACCGAGGCGAUAAAGAUGUGCCAUUCCUUGGACUCUGUUUUGAAGGAUUUGGCAUUGAAGAACUUGGCUGCACUUGAGAAAAAUGAGAGGGAGGAACGUCCUACAGCUAAACUUGGCCUGAUGGACUGGGGCAAAACCACCCUUAUCAGUUCUCUCAAGGCAAAUGCGUGGAGGGGGAUUUACUUCUAA